ACUUGAAAACGCAGACAAUGAUCAUACACUGAAAAGUGUAUGACUAGCUCUUACACACAAACCCUGCCCAAGCAGACAUUUUGUAUGGCUGUAGCUGUGUACUGUGCAUGGUGCAUACAAUAGUCGGUGUACUGGGCAUUAGGUGUUAUGUACAGCAUAUAGCACUGCACUGUCUGCUAUCUGAAUGCUGCUUAUUGACUGAGCUGGAAAGGGCAUCAUAUUCUAUUCUAACUUUCAUUUUAGCAAGAAACACCCACAGAAUGGCAGAAGUUGAAGCAGUUGUGAUUGCAACUGCGAACGAGAUCAUGGAUAACUUACCGCAUGGGGAUGCAGUGCCAAAUAAAGAGCCAAAUGAUAUCCAGGAAGAUCGAGCUGGGGAGACUGAGAUGCCCUCAGAAGAAACAGCUGAAGAACAAGAUGGAGAGUACCCUUCUGUCUAUUUUGCAGAGCAGGAUUCCUUGAACUCUAGGCAACGCUCAACCUGGCCUGAGAAACGAAUCAUGGGCCUUCUGGACAUCUACAUCAAUGAGCAUCCCGUCUACCUUAAAGCAAAGAUGGAACGCCAGAUCACCGAGUUCCAUGAUUACAUCGGUCAGAUCGUCAACACCGAAGGUGUCCUGGUGGCAGGGCUCCUCAAGAACCUCAGUCGCGAGUAUCGCAAAUUAGUGAUACGGGCCCGGAACAGCGGUGCUUCUGAGAUUCCGAGGUUGCGAGGCUCUUCCGAGCUAUUUGAGAAGUUUGAACAGUACUAUGAGGUUUACAACAAGUUAAGUCCACAGGACUCUGGCUUGAGGAAGAUGUCCAAGCUCUCAAAGCUGAAGCUGCAAAAGACCAAUCCCUUUUCCUCCCAGGCAAUGCCAAAGAUCAAGAAACUUAAGAAGAGCCCGAAGCCGAAGCCUGAAGGGAAUUCAUUUGAUUCCCUGAUGAACCCUUUGGAAGUCAAGAUACCCCCGGUUCCGGUCAUGUCUGAUAAGUACUGUCAGGAGUAUAUCCAGGUCAUGAGAGAGCAGAACAAGGCAUUGAUUGACAUCGGCAAGGAACUCCGGCUGAUGCGGAUGGGCUACUUUACAGAGCAUGAACUAGCAUUGGACUGAAGUCAUGUGAUUAGCUGAGAGGCUUACAUUGAACUUAUUACAACUGAUGAGUUUAAGCAGUGAUCAAAACUAAUUUAUUGUCUCAGUUUGAGACCUAUAGGUUUAGGCUUGCAGCAACUAGCGGUCAGUCCUGGAACUGGACCAUUGAUGUUGGGCCUACAUUCCCUACAAGGGUUCCUUCUAUUAAAGUUUUUAUUGAUUCAAUUUAAACUUGACUGUGAUCAUUCACAAUCUAUUGUGUGAACAUUUAUAAUACACUACAUGGACAGACACAUUGUAGGGGUAUAGUUCAGAUUAAUUUUUUUAUGAUCACAACUCUUUGUAUGAUGGAUCCAUUAUUAUUCUUCUAUCCAUUGUGGUAUAAUAAGCCAUCCAAUAGCAGGUCAAACAUCGAAAGCUGUUUAUCAGGAUUUUAGCUUGGAUCUAAUGGCAAAAAUGCUAACUCACUGUAUAAAAGAAGUAGAUUUUCUUUUUUCUAUGAGUAUGCAUAUUUCUUUAAUAUUUGAUUUUACAACAGAUACUGCGAACUUUAAAAAAAAAUAUGCAUCCACCGUUUUAUAUGAUCUGACCCCAAAUGUUUGGUUAAAAAAAUGAAAAUACAUGUAUGUUCAAACCAGAUGAUCAGAUUUAUCUCUAUUUUUAAUUUGUACAUUUAUGUUUGUUAUUGUUGCCCUCUGCUAUGAUACAUUGUGUCUCGCAAAAAUAUCACUUUGAUAUCACAUUUGGAUGAAGACACAUGAAUCUACAUGUAACUCUAGUUAUUAAAGAAGGUCUGGCUCAUCCAGUCCUGUAUCCAAUUCAAAGUACUAAUAAUGUAAUGUACUGGUACUCAAGAGAAAUUGGCUUGCUUCCCACAAACCUAACAGAAUUUUUUAAUGUUUUAGUUUUUGGCCUAAAUCAUGUAUAAAUAAAUGUACAUGUGUAGGUUUUUUUCAUAGACACAUGUACUCUUGUGCCUUUUUUCUGGAACCAAGCUGGCAGAAGUGGCUAAACAUUCAAUAAAUUAGAACUACGUACAAACACUGUAUACUUUGUUAAAAGACAAACAGUGUACAUCUUUUCACCAGAAUAAUGGACCCAGUACAUGUUUGUUUUCUCAUUUUCCUCCUUUUCUUUUAAACAGAGGCAUGCAAUAUUGUUCUAUGUGUAAAGGGGAAUUGGAAGGCCAAUAUUAAAAGAAACUGGUUACAUGUAACAAAAGUGGAAGGUAUUAACUUGCUAAGCACAACCAAAGUCAAUCAGAAUUCCAUAAGAAAAUUACAAAAAUAUCAAAAGUUUGGCAUAGACCAUAACAAUUUCAUUUUUUUUUUUUAUAGAUAUAAAGUUUUGAUUCUGUGAUGUUUAAAUGCAAGAUGCUUGCCUGCCCCAUCUCCUGGUUCAUGAUUAUUUUAUUUGUGGUUUUUAGUUUUUUAUCAUUCAUUUCAUAGGCAACACCAUCAUUGUAAUUUGUAAAUUACAAUGCAUUUGAUGACAUUAAACAAUAUGUAUGAUUUAAUAUUCAAAUGCAAAAAAAAAGAGAAAAGUAUAAGGAGAAUCUGAUUUGUUUUUUUUCCUAAAAGGGAUGGAGUAAUUUUAUUGAAGAAAGUGAAACUUCCUGAUUAAUGGAAUUCGAGAUGUUCUCUUUUCCUCAUGUAUACAUGCAUAUAAUCAACAAUUCAAUAUAAGUUAAAAAUUAAAUGGAAUUCCUUUAAUUGGAUUUUUUUUAAGAAAUUGCAUCCAGCCCUAAGAAUUUGUAAUGGUACAGGUGCAGUAUCGUGGUACACAAAUGUAUGGUUUACCAAAGUGAUGAAUAUUGUGCACUGUUUAUGUCCCAUGAUGGACAUUAUAGAGCAAUACAUGUACAGUACUUGUAUCAGGGCCAGAGCAUCUUUUCUUUACUCCAUAAUAAAUCACCUGUGCGUAUGUGUCUAAACUAGGCAUUCUACAUUAGGUCUUUAAAUGCUGCUUUCACACACUAAAAAAAUGACUCCAGACCGAUCAAAGCUUCAUCUAGAUGCACAUCCCUACUGGAAAGAAUACAGUGUGUGCCACAGUUUGUGCCACAGUGUGGAAUACAAUGUGAAAUCACCUUCACACUGUUAGAUUUGAGCAUUUCGACAGUGUGAAUCACAUAUUCACAUAGUCAGUCACGUGAACACGCUGUGAACAGUCACCCUGUCGAGGUGUCCACAGUUGAAAAUAUCUGUGGAGCGUCGUGGCCCAGUGGAUUAGUCUAAAACAGAGGGUCGUGGGUUCAAAUCCCAGCCAUGGCGUAGUUUCCAUCAGCAAGGAAUUCAUCCACAGUGUGCUGCACUCGACCCAGGUGAGGUACAUUGGUACCGCAGGAAGUAAUUCCUCAAAAAAGCUGUGUGCACCUGAAUCGGUAACCUAGUUUAGCCGGGGUAAUAAUACAUGUAAUAGCAGGGCCCGCUGGGAGAACAGUUUUCGGAACUGAAGUGGCUACCCUGGGUAAAUACAUGUAUCCUGUUAUUAUUAAUAUCUUCACACUCAUGAAUUUUAGCAUUUUAACAGUGAAUAUUUUCCCAUAGUCCACUAUGUGACCACACUGUGAUCACUGUGUGACAUUUUGUUCUUUCCAGCAGUGAUCAUUUGUCAGUUUGGAGUCGGCGAGGUUGAUAUGACUGUAGUCAAUUGUAGAACAGUGUAAUCCUCUAACGAUGAAAACCAAUGGCAACAAUAGCUACAUACAGAAUUUCUUCUACAUUUUGAUGCGACAUCAGGGAAUAAUUUUGCUUUACAAAUUCAAAUGGCAUUUUUGGUCAUAAGAGAAAAGUAGUUCUAAUAAUGUACAAUCCUAUGUAAAAAUAUGCUAUACAAAAGACUUUAUGCAUAGCAGUCUUUGAAAAUGUGGAGCAAAUUGCGAUGCGAUACCAGGAAAAUGAUUCCCUGGACAUGUUCUCCUUUUAUCGGCAAAGGUAUAGGCAAAGGUACAUACUGUGACUGAACAUGCAAAACAAUGUAUGAAUAAAGGUUUAAUUGUUUCUUUUUCAAGUUUCAGGUUAAUCAAAGUGGAAUAUAAAUCUUCCCUAUGUACAAGUACAUGUAGGAGAAAAAUAAAAGUUUGUUUAUUGAAAAUUCA